CGCCUUUUAGUAGCUUCUCCUUGGCCUAUAAGAUCUUCCUUUUGUUCUGUUCUUUCUACAAUUCCACUCAUCUAACCUAUAGGGCUGGCUGCUCCUGCAUACAUGUGCCGCCGGAUGUGAUGGCAGCAUAUCCGGCUGAUUGAUUAAUAGCCAGUCCGUAAUCGUAGAUUGGGUGAUUAGCGGCUCGACUGCAUUUUUUCGCUGGCCCAAAAAAACACAGGCCAAGGCCGCUUCUCCUUCACACAUACCACAUUUCCAAUACUUCCAGCCAUGGGUUUCAAGAAGCCAAAGACAUCAAAGUCGUACCGUGUGGACACGUACAACGAGAAUGACGACAAGGUGCAGCGCAACCUGGAUCCGACACAGGUGGUGAGCGGCGGAGGCAAGUCGUCGAAGCGCAAGAACAGAAACACGUCGGAUGCGCCCAAGGCGUUCCAGCACAUCAUGCAGUUCAUGGAGAUGAAGCAGAAGAACGACCAGCGCAAGCAGCAGCAAAAGAAGCAGGCCGAGGAGAAGACCGAGAAGGAGAAGGCAAAGGCGCCCCAGGGGCCCAAGGAGAUCACCGAGGACCUGAAGCUGCAGGCCGGCGAGACAAUUGCCGAGUUCAACCGCCGUGUGCGGCAAAAGAUGGCCAACAACCUGCAGCUAGUGGGCACGUCGGCAUCGGUGAAGGCCAAAAAGCACGACAACCCGGCAUUGGACGAGGGCGAGGAGAUCGUGGUGUCGGGACGGUCCGAGCGCAAGCGCAAGAACGACAUGGUGCGGCGGGAGCGCAAGCGGCUGAAGAAGCACGGGGCAGCGGAUUCCGACGAGGAGCAAAUGGCCGUGCAGCCAAAGUUUGGCGAGCAGGCGCAGGCGCCGCCGAUUUUCAAGGCCUUGCCAAAGGAGACGUUCAAAAGGAUGGUGCCGCUGCCAGCGUCAAGGGAGGAGGCGCAGCAGAAGAAGCUGCGCGAGGAGCUGGCGGUCAAGAAGAUGAUCCGGAGGACUGCCAGGCUGUCGCCGCUGGAGCGCAUGCAGGCGAAGCGCAAGGCGAAGAUGGAGGGCGGAUCGGCCGCCGAGAAGCGCAUCAUGGAGGCGGAGCGCGAGCAGGCGAUCCGGCGGUACCGGAUGCUCAAGGUUGCAAGGGAGUCAAAGAAGAGUGCGUAAGCGGUUUAUUCUGUGUAAUG